AUGAAGCACCCGGUAAACAUAAGUGGACAUACGCUCGCGACAUCGUGUCUUCUUUGUCUGUACUGUAGAUACAGCAUGAAGAUUGAUGGUGUGCUCAUGUGCUGUCUCAGUUGUUUCAGCUGCUGCAGAUCUUUAUGUGGAUGA